AUACCAUUUUCCCUCAACUUGUUUUUCCACUUUCCCUACCAAAUUCCAAAGUCCAAUAUUUCUUAACAGCAACAAGGAACUUCUUAACAAUAUUUCCUUUUAAAAAAAAUAAUUAAAUAUAUGUUUUUUAUUUUGUCAUUUUUGUUUGUGAAAGAGAAUAUAUAUUUUAUUCUAUUGACCAAAAAUACGCAUAACGGUCAAAGUUCUUUCGACAUACAUAUUUGUACAGAGAGUGAGAGAGAGAGAAAUGGAUUGCAGAUCAGAAAUAGGGAGGCCGGUGAUCCUACUGAUAUGUGGUACCUUGGUGUAUUACCACUGUGCCUAUAGGGAUUCCAGCCUCCUCACUCUUUUCUCCGAUGUCCUCAUCGUCCUCCUCUGUUCUCUCGCCAUUCUUGGCCUCCUCUUCCGCCAAAUCAAAAUCUCGGUACCCGUGGAUCCACUGGAGUGGCAGAUUUCUCAGGACACUGCAAAUAGCAUUGUAGCGUGUUUAGCUAAUACCGUUGGUGCAGCAGAGUCUGUGCUGAGGGUUGCGGCUACUGGGCAUGACAAGAGGCUUUUUCUUAAGGUCGUGUUAUGUCUUUAUGUUUUGUCAGCUUUGGGACGAGUGGUUUCUGGUGUUACAGUUGCCUAUGCUGGUUUAUGCUUGUUCUGUCUUUACAUGUUGGUUGAGAACUCUCAAUCAGUCAGCGCGCCACUGUCUCGGUUUCGAAGAAGAAGUAAUGGCGCUGGUACAGAGAAUGCUGUAGAAGUAGAAGAUGAUGUUAUGUAGUUUACAUUCACAAUUUUUUGUUAACUCUGUAGAAUACCAUUUUCUUGACCCCAUAUUCGUUGUUGUAUACACGGUUUCACAACCAAAAGGAUGAUAGUCUUACUUAGCUAAUUGAAUUGUAUAUAUUUUGCUCUGCCCUUUUUAGGAUCGAAAACAUGAUAAAACUUUAUGCCGGGAGAAACCCAUCAAGAUUGACGAUUA